UCAGUUCACCGUCUAUUAUACUCUUGGCAACACAGUGUGUGCUCUGCACUCUUCGAGGUUGGACAAGGCCCAAACAGGAGCAAUUUCUCUCUUCACCAUGUCCAUGCUGCUGAGAGUUUUCUUGGGUUUCUUCCUGGGAGCAGCGCUCGCGGCAACCUCGGUCGUGCUGUUGCUCCCGCCUUCUCGGUGCCCAUGGGGCGUUGAGCCAGCGGAUCAGGGUCGGGCGUUGGACAGUGCAACCCAAACAGAUACCAUCAUGGAGAAGCUCAACACGGUGCAGGUGGCAGCUCCUCGUAAUGAAGACAACCUGAGCGAGCUGCUGAGAAGCGCGGCCAUGGAGGACAAAACCAUCAUACUGACAUUCACCAACGAGGCGUUGGCGUUGCCCGGCUCGCUCCUGGAACUCUUCCUCGAGAGCUUCCGCCUAGGCGUGAACACGCAGCCCCUCCUGAAGCACCUGGUCAUCGUCGCCAUGGACGCCAAGGCGUUGGAGCGGUGCCUGCACAUGCACCCGCUCUGCUAUUCCUUCUUCAGCCGCCGGAUCAGCACCGGCGCGGACCUGGCGGCGGAGGUGUCCUUCAUGAGCAAGGACUACCUGGACAUGAUGUGGGCGCGGAACCGGUUCCAGGCGCGCGUCCUGGAGCUGGGCUACGGCUUCGUGUUCACGGACGUGGACAUCGUGUGGUUCCGGAACCCGCUGCUGCGGAUCCCCGUGGCCGCCGACAUCGCCAUCUCCUGCGACCAGUACUACGGCGACAACCCCUACGACAUGAGGAAGAACGCCAACGGUGGGUUCCUGUUCGCGAGGCCCAACGCCAGGACGCGGGCCUUCUACGAGGGCUGGUACGAGGCGAGGGCGAGGUUUGAGGGCGCGCACGAGCAGCACGUGUUCGACCAGGUCAAGUACGAGCUGGCGGCCAAGCACGGCAUGGUGGUGCAUUUCGUCGACACCGCCUACUUCAGCGGCCUGUGCGAGCCCAAGAAGGACUUCCACAAGGUGUGCACCUUCCACGCAAACUGCCUCCUCGGGCUGCAGAACAAGCUGGACAAGCUCAAUGCCGUGCUCGACGAAUGGAAGCAGUUCAAGGCACAGCAGGAGCUGCUCGGCAGCAACAGCACCGCGCUCACCUUCUGAAUUCUUUUCGGUCGCUGCGUGUUGCUCUUUUUGUGUGAGAAUUACGUAGCUUAUAGACAGUUUGGUUCACGACAAUAGCAAUUCCGAAGCGAAAAGAAUUCAGCUGUGUCAUAUAAUUAGUACUCCACUGUUUUGAUAAAAAAAUUCUUUUUCUUUUUUUGGUGUGACUAUAUAUCUUAGGAGCUUGAUUGUUAAGCAAAAGUCUUAAAAUCUGGGUUAAUGUAUCUGAACCGUUAUAUUAAUCCUAAAUCAUAAGGAGCUGAUGUUCUAUAUUU